CUGCAGUGGACGCGUCGGCGCGUGUUUCUGUUUACUAUUUUGACUACUUAGUACUCGUCCUUCAUUUUGGGUUUCUUGUGCCUCUUAUAUAUAUUACCUAGGCGUUAUAUACAUUGGCUUAUUACAAGCGUGUCGAACAAUUAUCUAGCGAUAUGCCUGCCCAGAAGAGAACCUCCACCGAUAUGAUGGAUCCUGCGAUCGCUACUGGCCCUGAUAAAGAGAAUCAGCCAGCGGCAGGAACAGCAUCACCGUCUGGAAAUACGCAGAAAAGCUGCGACGAGAUUCGGCAGGAGAUACGCGAUUUCAUCGCUUCAGGACAGAUGAACGCCAACGAGUUCCAGCGCGCAAUUGACGUGUCUCCGCGGUCAUUUUCCGAGUUUUUGAGCCAGGAGGGCGUCAAGGGCGCCCGGUCGGCUACGUAUAAGAACGCCUUGAAGUUUUUUGACAGCCGGAGCGGAGGACCUGUCGUGCCGUUGGCUGAGACUCAGCCUGCGGCAACUGCGGCAGGAAGUGCCCCGAAGAGGGCGAAGAAGAAUCAGCCAGCGAGUCCGGCUGCGGUUGAUCUUUCGGGUGUUCACUUGGAUGGAGAUGAGGAUGGGAGUGUGCAGGUCUUUGAGACGUGCGAUGUGGUGAGGAGGAAAAUCCGGGCGCAUUUGCGUAAGACCGGAGUGACGCAGGCGGGCUUCAUGAGAGAGGCUGCGAAGGCGGCGUACCCGCAGGGUACGAAGAGGCUGAAUGCGAAUUCGUUCGGGGAGUUUCUCAAGAAGAAGGGCCCUACCGCUGGGAGCUCAGGGGCGGUAUUUUAUGCCUCGUAUGUGUAUUUUGAGAAGUUGAGGAUCAAAAACGGAAAGCCGAAGGACGCCUUUAGACUUGAGAUGGAGAAGCUCUGGCCGAAUGGCUUCGAGCUUGAGAAUGUAGCUAACGGGAGGAUGUGGUGUGGUCCCAAUGUGAGACCCUGGGUUGACAUAUAUGGGAAGGUGCACUUUUCGUGACUGUGACUGACGGCUCGUUUGCGGUCCAUCUUGUUUGGAAUUGUUCGAGAAUUGUGUGUUGUGUCCUUUGUCACAUACUUAUGUUGAGCGGUUAAUAUUCAC